ACAAAUCUUUUCCAUUUAUGUUUGACUUCUUUGUACAUUUUUUACAGGAUUUUAAUUUCUUAUUUUACAAGUUGUGUGAUACGUGAACCCUAGAAUUGUGGAUUGAGUGUCUUUUGCUUGAUUUGAGUGAAUUCGUAUUGUGGUUGAAUCUUCGUUUAACAUGAGGAUCUUGAAUGAAUAUGUGCCUGACCCAAGAGUCAUUGACCCAUCAGAACUCAUGAGACCAGAGAUUGGGUUUGCAGAUAAAGAAUUGAAGGCUUUCAGAGACUAUACUAUUGACAAAGAUGAUCCUUUGAAAGAAAGAGUUCGCCUUACCUACUUGCAGAUGCAUACCUAUCAGACAGUAGAGUUUGUCCGAGAUAGAAUGGAUCAUUGGCUGAAGUUCGAUACAUUCAAGUCACCAAUCAUGGAUGCUUUGGUGAGGUUGAACGAGUUGGUAGACGAGAGCGAUCCCGAUGCUGAUAUCCCCAACAUCGUCCAUGCCUUUCAAACUGCCGAGCGAAUCCGAGCCGACUAUCCGGACGAUGACUGGUUCCAUCUCACUGGGCUGAUCCACGACCUUGGCAAAGUGAUGGCUUUCUACAAUGAACCUCAGUGGGCUGUAGUAGGUGAUACAUUCCCCGUCGGAUGUGCCUGGGCAAACUCUAUAGUGUACCGAGAUUCAAGCUUUCAUGACAACCCUGACGGCAAAAACCCCAAGUACAACACUAAGUAUGGAAUGUACAAACCCAACUGUGGCUUGGAGAAUGUGAUGAUGUCGUGGGGUCAUGAUGAAUAUCUCUACAGGGUCUUGAGACACAACAACUGCAAACUGCCAGAGAGGGCCUUGUACAUGAUCAGAUUUCAUUCCUUCUACCCUUGGCACCAAGGUGGUGACUAUGAUUACUUGUGUUCUUCCAAGGACUUGGACAUGAAGGAGGAUGUGAUGCUGUUUAACAAAUAUGAUCUGUACACCAAAAGCUCGAAAGUUCCAGACAUUGAAAACCUAAAGCCCUACUACCAGUCUCUUAUAGACAAAUACAUUCCUGGGUUAUUGGAGUGGUGAAUUCUGCAUCACUUGUUUGUUUGUCUUUCACUUCAAGUCUUAGUUCCUGCUUACUUAAAAAAAUGAAUUAAGGAGGAAAUUUAAAAAAUUUGUGUGAUGACUUCAAUGCUAUACAUCAAGCUGCUUUGUAAUAUAUUAAAUUCUAUUAAAUAUUUAUUAUACCAAA